AUGCCUCCAGAUCUUGAAUUAUGCCAACAAAUGCUGAUGGCGUGGGCGGUUGGAGGAGAGGUUCAAGUGUACCCAGAGAAUGUUGGCUUUCCUUUUGGAGGUGAAGGUGAUCCCACUUUCGUUUUGCUGGAAACCCACUAUGACAACCCAGCUCUGAGGAAUGAUUACGUGGACUCAUCUGGUGUGCGUUUCACCUUAAUACCACGUCGGCGACAGUAUGAUGCAGGGAUAAUGUCUGUUGGCGUUAGUGUCACUAGAAAUCACGUCAUUCCACCGUACUAUGACGAAUUCUACAGCUGGGGACAGUGCUCCGAUUGUAUGGAAAGUGUAUAA